AAGACAAAUCACGAUAAGGCUUCCUUCCCUUGACACGUAUAAUUAGCUCACACGUUACUAUCUACUCUCCAUCCCUCAAACUGCAGGAUUGUCCAUCAAAUUUAUCAUUAUUAGCUUUCUCCUACCUCCAGUCUCUCCAGUUCAAGGUCGCGUUUUUCGGAGAAAAAUUGUAUUAGUUUACACGCAUAGUAGUUGGAAGAUCAGGAUCAAACUCUCCUACCUGAGACUGCAGCUAUGGCUACCACCAAGAUAUACGUAGUGUACUACUCCUUACAUGGACAUGUCGAGACUAUGGCACGCGAAGUACAGCGCGGUGUUAAUGCAGUUGAAGGUGUUGAAGCAACACUUUGGCAGGUACCUGAGACACUUCCCAGUAUCAUUCUGCAGAAGGUGAAGGCCCCUCCCAAGGCAGAUGAUGUGCCGGAAAUAAGGCCUGAGCAACUUGUGGAAGCUGAUGGUUUCCUCUUCGGGUUUCCUUCUCGUUUUGGUGUGAUGGCAGCGCAGUUCAAGGCCUUCUUUGAUGCCACUCAUGAGAUAUGGGAAAAGCAAGCACUUGCUGGCAAACCUGCUGGGAUCUUCUGGAGUACUGGAUUUCAUGGGGGAGGGCAGGAGCUCACUGCAUUAACCGCCGUAACACAAUUGGCACAUCAUGGCAUGAUAUUUGUCCCUCUUGGCUACACAUUUGGAAGUGGCAUGUUUGAAAUGAGUGAGGUGAAGGGUGGAUCGUCUUAUGGCUCUGGAACUUUUGCAGCAGAUGGAUCUCGUCAACCGACGGAGAUAGAACUCCAACAGGCAUUUUACCAGGGUAAAUAUGUGGCUCAAUUUGCAAAGAAGCUCAAAAGCUAAACCCUUUUAGCAUAACAAAUACGCUUAGGCUGUGUCUGGACAGAGGCAUUUCAAGAUGUUAUAUGCUUUAUGUGGUCUCAAUAUGAAAAGAACUAUUAACCAUAAGUUGAUGAAUGAAGAGUUCAUCUCACUGCUUCCUUGAUAUUGCAAUUGUGUAAGGUUUGCAUAUGCUUGUUAUUAAUUUGGUUAAACAGUACAUACCCAUAAUCUGACA